CAAAGACAAAUUCAAUUCAAUUCAUAGUACGUAGGUUAGGGAACAUAUAUACAGUAGAACCAAACAAAAACAUAUUUCUUUGUCGAAUCAGGAGCCAUGCAACGUUUGCCAGCCACGUUGUGCCGCAAAAUCGCUCGUCCUGCGUGCGACGUGUUCAUAAACCACCGCGGGAUCGACACGAAGAGGAACAUCGCGGGGUUGCUCUACGAUCGUUUGACGAAGGUGCGAGUGAAGUCGUUUUUGGACAGCAUGAACAUGAAACCUGGGGACAGGUUGUUCGAUCAUAUUGACAGGGCCAUUCUCGGGUGCAAAGUGGGCGUGGCCGUGUUCUCGCCACGCUAUUGUGACUCUUAUUUUUGUCUCCACGAGCUCGCUCUUCUCAUGGAGUCAAAGAAGAGGGUCGUUCCCAUCUUCUACGACGUCAAGCCUUCGCAGCUUGUGGUCAAGGACAACGGAACUUGCCCUGCUAAGGAGCUUCAGAGAUUCAGUUUGGCUCUCGAGGAAGCCAAAUACACUGUGGGAUUGACCUUUGAUCCUUUGAAAGGUGACUGGUCGGAGAUUCUAAGAGAUGCUUCAGAUGCAGUGAUCGUGAACUUGAUGGAGGUAGAGGAGGAGGAGUGUAAGCGCAUGAAGAGGAAACUGUGACUACUGAUCACUAGACUCGAUCGACAUUGCAAUAUUAAUAAUUAAGUUCGUUUAAUUUUUUUUCCCUCGGCAUGUAUAUGCUAUCAAAUGAGACGCAUAUACUCCCUAGCUCUAACAUCAACCAUUUUUUUUUGCCAUAAAUUAAUCAGCCUAAUUAAUUGGUUAAUUAGGUCCCAACAAUUUGCAUUACCAUGUGAUUUUUUUAUUUUAAAUUUUUUGACCCAUAUGCAGUGUAUAACUGAGUUAGAGGCUCCAACAUAAUUUAUGUUUUUCAGAGACCUUUGAUUGUAUCAUCUGCAUUCAAUCCCUAAUUAAUUUGGGA